CAACUAUCGUCUUGCCAUUUCCUCAAAUGCCGGUCGCCAGGAUGACUUCACUCAUCACAUCGGCUUCCUCGACAUCUGACGGCUCAAAACGAGAGUAUAUAUUCUGGAUUGGCUUUUCCGCUUCCAUCAAGUCAGCAGCCAGUUCACACAGUGAACUAGAUCAUCAGACCUGCCGGGGUAGCUCAAUCGGUAGAGCGUGUGGCUCUUAUCUUCUCAGAUAUUCCAAACCUCAAGGUCGCGAGUUCGAGCCUCGCCUUCGGCUAUUCCUAUACUAAGCGCCUGCGACU